CAAUGAAGACACUAGUAGUAUUAUUAACUUUGUGGUCUACGUGUUUCUCUAAACCCUCUACGCUGCAAGAACAAUCGCUCCCAGUUGAAGCAGUCGAAACACAAACAGAAUUUACUGGAAGAGCACACCUUCAAGAUCAAGAGACGGCAAUCUUUGACACCACCCACGAUGAACAUACAGGUACCCAAUUUCAACAAAGUUUCAGUGGUUCUCCUUUACAAGAAAGAAGUAUCAUCGCAUCUCAACAACCCUUAUUGAUUAAAAAAGGUUACCACAUUUAUAGAAGUGCUGACGAGGAGCAAAUGCUAACUGAUUCCAAACAUAAAUGCAACAAACAAGUAAAAGUUAAUAUUUGUGAAGAGGACGACGUGACAAAUUCUAAUCAAAUGAGGUUUGACGACACAAUUUUUAGGUCUCAUGAUAAUAUGAAUAAAAAUGAAAUGAAGAAAACAAUAAAAAAGGUAAAAGAAGUUGUUGAACAUAUGCAAAAGGAUUUACAAACAUUGGAAGAUACAUCGACGGAUUUUGUAACAGAAGAGCAGUUGCAGAGUGGACAAAAAAAGACACAGUUGCAAGAUGAUUUUGUUAUACUACAUACAGUUUUAGAUGAUUUAGUCAAACAUAUUGGAGAUGGUUCACUAUCAUCUAAAUCCGACAAAAAGGAUACUAAAAACACGAGUCAUGAAGAUAAUGAAGAAAGUCGAAUGAAGCAAUGGAAGGAUACAAUAAGCAAAAUACAAGACAAUUCAGAAAGAAACAUCGAGGACAGAUAUGCAAAAGAUAACGGUGUGACCGAAAGAAGUCAUCUUGAAAGUAAUUCUCAUACUAUAAUGGAAAAUGAAGCCAAAACAUCACCACACAUACAAAGCUUGGAAACACUGUCAAGAGAUAAUGAAGAUGCAGAAAUUUCUAUUACCCAGGACAUCAAUAAAAAGGGAAGCUUACAAAGUGAUAGUUUAAGAUUGGCGGAAGGUCCUACAUCUCAAGCACGUGAGGAAGAGUUAUUAUCAAAGUCAAGUAACACUGACCACCAUACUUCACAAAAUCACGACGUUGAAAGCACUCAUGAAACGACUAAAACAACAGAGCAAGAAGACGAUACAAAGUUGGAGGGGAAUACUAUUGCAGACUUACAUGAUCAUAUGCAUGAUAAACGUACAAUCACCCAUAUGGUAAAAAGGAAAUCGGAUGAAAUGGAACACACACUAAGCCCAGGUCACGUAGAUGAACAUUUGAGUAAUUCAAAUCUAAUGCAUCAUGAGAAUGAUCUAGAAUUUAAAUCACAGGAUGAUAACCAAGCUUCGGAUUCUUCAAUGAAGGUGGACGAUGUUACCGGACAUACUCAUCAUACUGAUAUUGCAAAGCUAUCUAGUAAUGAAAUGGAUGCAGACAAAUUACAAGAAGUCAAAUCAACAUCUAAUUCGGAUACAUCAUUUGGCUCUCAUUCUUUUGUUGCCAUGCCACCGCGUGAAGCUGCACACGAAGAUCAGAGUGUACCAAAUAAAAAGGUCCAUUCGACAAUGAAUAGCGAGACACCUGUAGUGCCGCAUACUCGCCUAGCAAUGGAUCAAAACAAUCAGGAGCUGAGAACUAUGAGUCCCAACGAAGUAGAAACACAACACGAUUCUACACAAAGUUUAUUUAACGAUCAUUCCCAGGGUGCAAUUACAGGAAAAGCUAAUAAUGACGCAGGAAAAAUUGAUGAAUCGUUGCAGCAUCAGUUUAAUGGCCAAGAUAAUACAAGAUGGGCACAAGAAAGGGGCAUGGAAACUUCAAUGCAAGGGCAAUCGGGAACCCAUUCACGAGAUAGCAUGUCAAAAAGUGAGCACACAACUGGUCAUCAUCAUCAUACGAUGCAUCAAGGAGAACACAUGCAUCGGUUACACGAGUCAUCGCAACAUCAACAUUCAGGAAGGAUGCCGUUUGAUGAACAUUUCACACCUUCAUUGGCUACAUCACACCCUAAUUCCCAAUUAAGAAACGAAGAAAUACAUUCCGUACAUAAUCCUAUCAGUCAGUUACCUAAUGGAAAAUUUGCUCAUGACCAUUACAUGAUGCCAGCUAUGAGGUCCAACAUGGGAUUCGGCGACAGCACUAGUAUGAGUAUGCAAUCACAACACAAUUUAAAUAUUCCACAUGGUCACCACUUCUCAACGGGUCCACAUGGUCAAGCAAUGUUUCACAAUACGCAAAUGAGUGAGACCGACAGCAUGGUACAAGCAAGCGAGCAUAUUGGUAUGAGAGAUGCGAUGCUGAGAUCGACUGGAGAGUAUUCUCAGUAUUACAACACUCAAGGAAAUAACAAGGGAUCAGGAUAUCAUGAACAGCCUAGCAUGCAACCGGUAUCGAGUGGGUCCGGCGCUGUGGGACUGUUCCCUAAUGCUAACGUAGGAGGUUGUGGGAUACCUUUACUAUUGAGUUGUUCUCCCAACGUUGUCUCUGGUACAUUAGCUAAGGGACAACCUACGUAUACUGCGCCUUCGUACAGAUCUAUGGAUGCCUACAGAUACCACAAGAAGCGAGAAACAAAGAAUUCUAAUUCCAAGCUUGAUGUUAAAACGGUCCCCAAAAUAAUGUUCAAAAGCAAAGCUGAAGCUGCCAAUGUGAUAAACUAAGUCAUUUUUGUAUUAUAUACGAUAACGCAUUAUUCUCGACUAUUUAAAGAUUAAUGUUGUAGGUAAUUUAUUGUGUAAAAUGGCAU